AUGGGUGGCAUCGGUAAAACGACUCUUGCAAGAGUUGCUUACACUCAAAUGUCACCUCAUUUUGAAGGUAAAAGCUUUCUUGCUGAUGUUCGAGAAGUUUCAAAUAAAUGUGGACUUGUUUCGUUACAGAAACAACUUCUUUCCCAAAUUUUGUCCGAGGAAUACUUUAAUUUCUUUAAUGUUCACGAAGGAAAUGCCUUAAUUAACCACAGGUUGUCUAACAAAAAGGUUCUUGUUGUUCUUGAUGAUGUUGAUAACCUACAACACUUAAAAUGCUUGGUUGGAAGGCGUGAUUGGUUCGGUUUAGGGAGCAGAAUCAUUGUAACAACAAGAGACGAGCAUUUGCUCCGAUCUUACCGAGUUGAUGAUGUGUAUAAGCCUACAACAUUGAACGCCAAUGAUGCACUUCGACUUUUCAACUUGAAAGCUUUUAAUAGUGAGACAAAGCUAGAAAAUGAUUUUAGUGAGCUUUCUAAACGUGUUUUAAAAUACGCCGGAGGUCUUCCCUUAGCUCUUGAAGUUUUGGGUUCCUUUUUGUGUGGUAGAGAUGCAACCCAAUGGAGAAGUGCAAUAGAAAGACUUGAAAGAGAUUCCAACAAAGAAAUUAUUGAGAGACUUCAAAUAAGCUUUGAUGGAUUGGACCAAACUGAGCAAAACAUAUUUCUAGAUAUAGCUUGCUUCUUUAAUGGGGAGGACAAAGAUUUUGUAAUGAAAGUAUUGGAUGGUUGCGAGUUUUUUCCGGAUAUUGGAAUUGAUGUUCUCGUUAAGAGAUCUUUACUAAUAGUUAACAAAGACAACAAAUUGUGCAUGCAUGACUUGCUAGAAGAAAUGGGAAAAAAAAUUGUUAAGGAAAAAUCAGUUAAUGAACCUGGAAAACGUUGCAGAUUGUGGGCAGAAAGAGAUGUUUAUCAUGUGCUAACAAAAAACACUGUAAGUCGUUCCAUAGAAACUAUAUAUAUUCUGACUUUAGCUGCAUUUAUUCAAACAAUUAGUAUUAAAAGGUGGCAUUAUUUAAAUUUGGGAUUCAACAUAAAACUAUGACGUUUUGGUACAUAUUAUAUUUAGAAAGUGUUUAUUUUUUAAAAAUAAUAAUUUGUUUAUUUUAAAUCCUGAUAA